AUGACGGACAUCGAUUUCACAUUCUCUGAGGCAGCGUCGCUACUGGAAAAGCUGCGUAACUCCUGCAGAGAAUGGAGUCUCGCUGAUCUUACUUGCAUCGAGGAUGCGCUCCUGCGUACACUCUCGGAUGUUCGAAUGUCCGCCAAUGCACAGCACCCUGUCAACCGUCUUCCUGUCGAGAUUCUCGGCGAAAUUUUCCAUCAGGUGUCACCACCGUUGAACAAUCUGGACGACCCCAGCCUCGAAGAAUUCUUAGUCUGGGAUUCCCUGUUCGAUUUUAAGGAUACUGAUGCGUUGCUUCCACUGACGCAUGUGUGUCGUCGGUGGCGCGAUGUGGCAUUGGACACACCCACUCUGUGGACAACCAUCUACGGCUCCUCUCAUCCUGAUGCCAUUAGCGAGUAUCGUAUCCGCUCGCAAAGCGCGCCGUUGAGAGUGCUCAACGUUAGAGAAGUUAAAAGUUGCGAUGUUGAAGAUGAAAUUUCCGACGUUGAAGAUGAAGAUCUCGACGUGGAGCAGCUAUGGCGCACUGACGGACAGCGUAUUCAGUCGCUCGCCUCGAAUACAGGGUGCGAUUCUGACCUACCCACGUCCUAUGCCCACGGACUCCGCGCCUUGGUGGCACGGGACUGCGUGCUUCAAGGCGAUGUUUCCAACCUUAAGGCGCUUGUCCUACGGGCGGUGGAUUGGCAUCUCCCCAGCUCCCUCACUAAUCUCACGCACCUUUUCCUCUCCAGAAAGCGGCUACACAUUGUAGACUUGUUUCGCAUCUUGUCGAUUGCGCCGAGACUAGAAGACCUGGGUUUAGACAGAAUCAGCGCUAGGGACGCAUUCGACCCUCAUGGAGGUAUCCAUGCUAUAACUCUCCAGUAUCUUCGCCAUCUCGCCAUCCAUCGCCCAAACAGGAACAUUGUAUCCGGAUUCUUCUCGCACGUCGGUCUUCCUGCACGCUUGGCGGUCAACUUCGAACGCUGUCAAGUGUCUGACCUUCAAUGGCUGGUCCCUUUGACGCAGAAUGAUGCAAAAUCUUUGUACAUUUCUGCCUCGAUGUCCUCGGUAAUUGCAGCUGGCCCUUCGGAAGCGGUGCGCUUUAGCUGUGAAGACAACAAUGAGAGCGGAUUAGUUCCAGGGAUCGCGGCUCUACCGUCUCAUUUCCAGUUGCGAGAUCUCUGGCUUGCGCAUAGUUUCCACUGGGAUGAAUUUGACGAGGCAGUCAUCAGACAUAGUCCAUGGGUGCAGACACUACAUCUUGGAUCCCUCGACUACACUGCUUUGAUAGAAACCCUCGGAAACAACCCUACCUGUUGGCCGAAGCUUACGAAAGUUGUACUAUCGCAGCCACGUAAACUUUCCCAGAUACUCAAACUCGUCGAAGCUCGGGCGCAUUUGGGUUGCCCUCUGGAGGAACUCGAUAGCCACGAGUGGCGAAGCCUGAUUUCUGAAGAGUAUUUACAGGACCUAGAGAAAAUCAAAUCUCAUGUGGGGGUGGUGCGGCUUUUUGAAGGUGGUCGAAUCGCGUUCCCGUUGCCGGAUAUAUGCACCGACGGUGUGCCCUCACCAUAUUUUCAGUGGCCGAACAGAUGGGGUGAGUUAUACUCUCGAAUGUAG